GCCGAAGCUCCGCCUCCUCCGCGCGGGGCGGGGCCACGGCGGCCGCGCACACGUGGGAAGCGAUUGCGCUUGCGCAGAGCGGGGCCGGUACGGAGAGCGAAACCGGGAGCGGGACCGGGAGCACGAGGGGACACCGGGACUGGGCGAGCCGGGGUCGCCAUGGCGGGCCGGGGCCGCGGCCGGGGCCGGGGGCAGAUGACGUUUAACGUGGAGGCCGUGGGCAUCGGCAAGGGGGACGCGCUGCCGCCGCCCACCCUGCAGCCAGCGCCGCUCUUCCCGGCUCUGGAGCGCCGCGCGGCGCCGCUGCCCGGCGGCGAGGAGGGCGAGUACAUGCUGGCCCUGAAGCAGGAGCUGCGCCGGGCCAUGAAGGGGCUCCCGUACUUCGUCAAACCGGGGGCGCCCCGCAGAGACAUCGAGCGCUACUCGGACAAGUACCAGCUCUCCAGCCCCGUGGACAACGCCAUCGACUGGAACCCAGACUGGCGGCGGCUCCCGCGGGAGCUGAAGAUCCGCGUGCGGCGGCUGCGCAAGGCCCGGACCCCCGGGCCUGUCCCCAAGCAGCAGGUGGCACUGGACAAGGAGGAGGCCAUUAAGAAGCUGGAGAGCCUGGAGAAGAAGGAGGAGGAGGUGACAUCCGAGGAGGAGGAGGAGAAGGAGGAGGAAGAAGAGGGAAAGGAGGAGGAGGAGGAGGAGUACGACGAGGAGGAGCACGAGGAGGAGACCGACUACGUGCUGUCCUACUUCGACAACGGCGAGAGCUUCGGGCCCGACAGCGACGACAACGGCGACGAGGCCGUGUACUGACCCCAGAAGGGGCGUUGAACCCCAAGAAAUGGGUACUGACCCCAAAAGGGGCAUUGAACCCCAAAAACGGGCACUGAUCCCAAAAAUGGGCACCCCAAAAGGGGUACUGACCCCAAAAGAGGCAUUGAACCCCAAAAAAUGGGCGCUGAUCCCAAAAAUGAGCGCCCCAAAAGGGGUACUGACCCCAAAAGGGGCAUUGACCCUAAAAUGGGCGCCCCAAAAUGGGUACUGACCCCAAAAAUGGGCACCCCGACAGGGGGCACACCCCAUUGGGGUCCCUGUACCCCCCUUGGGGACAUUGGGGUCCCCCUGGGGCCAGUGGGGUGACAUUGGGGUCCCUAUUCCUCCCUUGGAGACAUUGUGGGGACAUUGGUGUCCCCUUGAGGACAUUGGGGUGACAUUGAGGUCUCUGUCCUCUCGUAGGGGACAUUGGGGUCCCCUUGGGGACACUGAGGUGACAUUGGGGUCCCCUUGGGGACACUGGGGUGACAUUGGGGUCCCUGUUAUCCCUUGGGGACAUUGGGGUGACAUUGGGGUCCCUGUUAUCCCUUGGGGACACUGGGGUGACAUUGGGGUCCCCUUGGGGACAUUGUGGUGACAUUGGGGUCCCUGUUCACCCCUUGGGGUCCCCCUUGUCCUGUCAUUCCCUUUGUCACCACCAGGUGGCGCCGGCGCUCCAGGCCCGGGGUGGGGGGGGGCCGGGACCCCCUCAAAUUUUGGGGCUUUUUUGGGUGAAUUUAAAAAUAUUUUUGGUAUUUCUGGCUCAGUUUUUGGUGUUUUAUAGCAC